CAAUGCCCCGCUGAGCCAGCCCGGCAGCUGAGUGGAGCCCAGCAGAGAGCACCCAUGGAGGGGUCCCUGACAGGUGGCCUGGCUGCACCAGAUCGUCCUCGAGGCUCAGAGAGACUGCCCGGCCUGAUGCCAAGGGAGGACAUCGAGGGUGGGGCUGAGGCUGCUGAGGGGGAAGGUGGCAUCUUCCGGUCCACCCGUUACCUGCCUGUCACCAAGGAGGGCCCCCGAGACAUUCUGGAUGGCAGAGGUGGCAUUUCUGACGGGCAGCCCCAUCCCGGCCUCAGCGAAGCCCUCCCCCGUGCCACCUCCGCCACCCAUCGGAUCAGCAGCUGCUGCUGGGACGGAGGCAGCCUGGACUUCCGGCCGGGCUCCCCGCCACCCCGUCUCCUCAGCCACUUCCCUGGCCCCCCUGAUGGCCGGGGGUCCUGGGAGCACUCCAUGGUCCAGGAGGCUGGGGAGGGCAUCCUAUCUGAGCGGAGGUUCGAGGACUCGGUCAUUGUGAGAACCAUGAAACCCCACGCUGAGCUUGAGGGCUCUAGAAGGUUCUUGCACCACCGAGGUGAACCGAAGCUCGUGGAGAAAGCUCCCCAGGGCCAUCACAGGUUCGACUGGCUCCAGGACAAGGAUGAGCAAGGUCCCCCCCAGGACACAGGGCUGCACUUGGACCUGCCUCCCCAGCCGCCGCUGCCACCACCGCUCGCCCCCUUCAGGAGGGUGUUCGUGCCCGUGGAAGACACCCCCAAGGCACUGGACGUGGCAGUGGUGGGCACCAGAGAAGACCUGGAGGACCUCGAGGGGCUGGCCCAGCCGUCUGAGUGGGACAUGCCCUCAUCAGCCUCAGAAGUGGCCACGCAGACCUGGACAGUGAACUCGGAGGCAUCCGUGGAGCGGCUGCAGCCACUGCUGCCCACCAUUCGGACCGGGCCCUACCUGUGUGAGCUGCUGGAGGAGGUGGUCGAAGGGACGGCCAGCCUGGACGAUGAUGAAGACGAGGAGCCAGCUGUGUUCCCGUGCAUCGAGUGCAGCAUCUACUUCAAGAAGAAGGAGCACCUCCUGGAACACAUGAGCCAGCACCGCCGAGCCCCGGGCCAGGAGCCCCCUGCCGAUUUGGCCCCGCUGGCCUGCAGCGAAUGUGGCUGGGCCUUCUCGGACCCCGCUGCCCUUGAGCAGCACCGGCAGCUGCACCAGGCCUCCCGGGAGAAGAUCAUCGAGGAGAUCCAGAAGCUCAAGCAAGUCCCUGGCGAUGAGGGCCGGGAAGCUCGGCUGCAGUGUCCCAAGUGUGUCUUUGGCACCAAUUCCUCCAGGGCCUUUGUGCAGCAUGCCAAGAUGCACAUGCGUGAGCCACCAGGCCGGGCUGCCAAGGAGACUUUUGGGGGCGGCAGUGGGGCUGGCAGCCCAGGCCCCGAGGCCAGCACCCUGGUCUAUCAGCCCUACGGAGCUGCCUCGGGCCUCGGUGCCUGUGUCUUCUGUGGUUUUCCCGCGCCCAGUGAGAGCCUGCUCAGAGAGCAUGUGAGGCUGGCGCACGCCCGUCCCCACUGGGAGGAGGACGGCGAGGCUUUCGAGGACGACCCCGACAGCCAGCCGGGCACUAGCCAGGAUGUGUACGCCUGCUUCCCUGAUGCCACAGAGGACUACUUUGGCAAAGCCGAGCCGCGCUUGGCCCCCAUGGGCCGGGAGAGCCCUGCUGGAUAUGACCCCAGCCUGGCCUUUGGCCCAGGCUACCAGCAGCUGGGCAUGAGGGAUUUCCCGCUGUCAAAGCCACUCCCGGAUGGCUCCGGCCAGAGGCCUCUUGGAAGGCUGGCCUUCCCCUCCCGGUUAGCAUCUGCUCCCUACUCCUUACAGCUUGGAAGGAAGAAAAGCACUGUCCACCCACAGGGGCUGGGGGACCAGAGGUGUCCUUGGAGUGAAGAGGAGGAGGAGGAGGAAGAUGACGACGAUGACAUAGUGCUGACCUCCGAGAUGGAUUUUUCCCCCGAAAAUGGGGACUUCACACCCCCACCUGUCCCCAGCCUCAUCCCACAGCCAGCCCUAGAGCUGAAGCGGACAUUCCAAGAAGCCCUUCGGAUGGCGGAGGCUUCGCGGGCCCAGCAGCGGCAGCUCCAAGGCAUGGUCCCUGUUGUGCUGGUGGCAAAGCUUGGGCCGCAGGUCAUGGCUGCCGCGGUGGCCAGGGUGCCCCCAAGGCUGCAGCCUGAGGAGCUGGGGCUGACGGGGGCCCACCCGCUGGACUUACUGCUCCUGGACACACCGUUGGGCGGCCCACUGGGGCUGGAGACGCUCCUGGAUGGGGACCCGACUGUGGCUCUGAAGCAUGAGGAGCGGAAAUGUCCCUACUGCCCUGAUCGGUUUCACAAUGGCAUUGGCCUGGCCAACCACGUCCGGGGCCACCUGAACCGUGUGGGCGUCAGCUACAAUGUGCGGCAUUUCAUCUCCGCUGAGGAGGUGAAGGCCAUCGAGCGCAGGUUCUCCUUCCAGAAGAAGAAGAAAAAAGUGGCCAACUUUGACCCUAGCACCUUCAGCUUGAUGCGCUGUGACUUCUGCGGGGCUGGCUUUGACACACGGGCCGGCCUUUCCAGCCACGCCCGGGCCCACCUGCGUGACUUUGGCAUCACCAACUGGGAGCUCACGGUCUCACCCAUCAACAUCCUCCAGGAACUGCUGGCCACCUCCGCCACUGAGCGACCCCCCAGUCCCCUGGGCCGAGAGCCUGGGGCUCUGCCUGGCAGCUUCCUGACCUCCCACCGGCCCCGCUUCCCUCUCACCAUGUCCUUCCCACCCACCUGGGCCGAGGACCCUGGACCAGCCUACGGAGAUGGCCUGGGUUCUGAGGAAAAUGCAAUGGUGACCAUGGACUUGGGCUCCCCCCCGCUCCCUAAGAAGAGCCUGCCUGUGCCUGGGGCCCUGGAGCAGGUGGCCAGUCGGCUGAGCAGCAAAGUGGCUGCAGAGGUUCCUCAUGGCAGCAAACAGGAGCUGCCAGACCUCAAGGCCCAGAGCCUGACCACCUGCGAGGUCUGUGGUGCCUGCUUUGAGACCCGCAAGGGCCUGUCCAGCCAUGCAAGGUCCCACCUGCGGCAGCUGGGAGUGGCAGAGUCGGAGAGCAGCGGUGCGCCCAUCGACCUCCUCUACGAGCUUGUGAAGCAGAAGGGCCUGCCCGACACCCACCUUGGGCUGUCCCCAGGCCUGGCUAAGAAGUCCAGCUCACUGAAGGAGGUGGUCACCGGGGCCCCCCGGCCUGGCUUGCUCACCCUGGCCAAGCCCUUGGACGUACCAUCUGUGAACAAAGCCAUCAAGUCGCCUCCCGGUUUCUCAGCCAAGGGCCUGGCCCACCCGCCCAGCUCUCCACUCCUCAAGAAAGCACCGCUGGCCCUGGCGGGCUCCCCUAACCCCAAGAAUCCUGAGGACAAGAGCCCCCAGCUGUCCCUGAGCCCCCGGCCAGCCUCCCCAAAGGCACAGUGGCCCCAGUCUGAGGACGAGGGGCCCCUGAACCUCACUGUAGAUAGUGACGGGGGCAGAGAGCUGGACUGCCAGCUGUGCGGUGCCUGGUUUGAGACCCGCAAGGGCCUGUCCAGCCACGCCCGUGCCCACCUGCGCCACCUGGGCGUCAGCGACCCGGAUGCCAAGGGAUCCCCCAUAGACGUGCUCCACGGGCUCAUCAGGAGGGACGGCGUCCAGAUCCGCCUCCCACCCGGGCACGGAGCCCUGGCCCAGCUGGGGCGGCCUCCCACCUCCGCGGCCCUCUCCUUGCUCCCCCCCCCACCGCCGGCCAAGAAGGCCAAGCUGAAGGCCGCGGGUAUGGCCAGCCCCUGGGGGAAGCAGGACCUCUCGGCCGCCGCAGCCGCCGGCAUUUUCUGGGCCUCUGAUGUGGAGCCGUCUCCUCUCAACCUCUCCUCCGGCCCAGAGCCAGCACGAGACAUCCGCUGUGAGUUCUGUGGCGAGUUCUUUGAGAACCGCAAGGGCCUGUCGAGCCACGCACGCUCCCACCUGCGGCAGAUGGGUGUGACUGAGUGGUACGUCAAUGGCUCACCCAUAGACACACUGCGGGAGAUCCUGAAAAGACGGACCCAAUCUCGGCCCGGUGGACCCCCAAAUCCACCAGGGCCCAGCCCAAAAGGCCUGGCCAAGGUGAUGGGCAGCGGAGGUCCUGGCAGCUCGCUGGAAGCCCGCAGUCCCUCGGACCUUCACAUCUCACCCUUGGCCAAGAAGUUGCCACCGCCACCAGGCAGCCCCCUGGGCCACUCUCCAACUGCCUCUCCUCCCACGGCCCGAAAGAUGUUCCCAGGCCUGGCUGGACCCUCCCUGCCCAAGAAGCUGAAGCCUGAACAAAUGCGGGUGGAGAUCAAACGGGAGAUGCUGCCAGGGGCCCUUCAUGGGGAGCCGCACCCAUCUGAGGGUCCGUGGGGGGCGCCGCGGGAAGACAUGACACCCUUGAACCUGUCGUCCCGGGCAGAGCCGGUGCGCGACAUCCGCUGCGAGUUCUGCGGCGAGUUCUUCGAGAACCGCAAGGGCCUGUCCAGCCAUGCACGCUCCCACCUACGGCAGAUGGGUGUGACAGAGUGGUCCGUCAAUGGCUCACCAAUCGACACACUGCGGGAGAUCCUCAAGAAGAAGUCCAAGCCAUGCCUCAUCAAGAAGGAGCCGCCCGCUGGAGACCUGGCCCCUGCCUUGGCUGAGGAUGGUGCCCCCACAGCAGCCCCUGGGCCCAUGCAGUCCCCACUGCCACUGUCGCCCCUGGCCAUCCGGCCAGGCAAACCAGGAGCAGGGCCAGCCCAGGUUCCCCGCGAGCUCAGCCUGACACCCAUCACUGGGGCCAAGCCCUCAGCCACUGGCUACCUGGGCUCAGUGGCAGCCAAGCGGCCACUACAGGAGGACCGCCUCCUUCCAGCAGAGGUCAAGGCCAAGACCUACAUCCAAACUGAACUGCCCUUCAAGGCAAAGACCCUCCAUGAGAAGACCUCCCACUCCUCUACCGAGGCCUGCUGUGAGCUGUGUGGCCUUUACUUUGAGAACCGCAAGGCCCUGGCCAGCCACGCACGGGCACACCUGCGGCAGUUUGGCGUGACAGAGUGGUGCGUCAACGGCUCGCCCAUCGAGACACUGAGCGAGUGGAUCAAGCACCGGCCCCAGAAGGUGGGCACCUACCGCAGCUACAUCCAGGGCGGCCGCCCCUUCACCAAGAAGUUCCGCAGUGCUGGCCAUGGCCGCGACAGUGACAAGCGGCCGCCCCUGGGACUGGCACCUGGGGGCCUGGCCAUGGUCGGCCGCAGUGCUGGGGGGGAGCCGGGGCCUGAGGCUGGCCGGGCAGCUGACAGUGGUGAGCGACCUCUAGCAGUCAGCCCGCCGGGCACCAUGAAGGCCGAGGAGCACCAGCGGCAGAACAUUAACAAAUUCGAGCGUCGACAAGCCCGCCCUCCAGAUGCCUCCUCAGCCCGGGGGGGUGAGGAGGCCAAUGAUCUGCAACAGAAGCUGGAGGAGGUGCGGCAGCCCCCGCCCCGAGUCCGGCCGGUCCCCUCCCUAGUGCCCCGGCCCCCCCAGACAUCACUCGUCAAGUUUGUUGGCAACAUCUAUACUCUCAAAUGCAGGUUUUGUGAAGUGGAAUUCCAGGGCCCCCUCUCCAUCCAGGAAGAGUGGGUGCGGCACUUACAGCGGCACAUCCUGGAGAUGAAUUUCUCCAAAGUGGACCCCCCGCCUGAGGAGUCCCAGGCCCCACAGGCACAGACAGCGGCGGCUGAGGCUCCCUAACACAAAAACAUUCCAGAUUCCCUCUUGUGCCACCUCUGUCUCGCCUCCUCUUUGUCCUCUUCCCUCUUCUCCCUCUUUCUUUUCCGUUUCCAAAGGAGCAAGCCAAAACCUCAAACCGGCACCCCUUGGGGGGCCGGGCACACUACAGCCGGGGCGCCCUUCCCCCAGCCCAAGGACUCUGGGGCCACAGGGUGUCUUCCUUCAGGCCAAGCCCACCUGGUCCAGCGGGAGGGCAGCAGCCAGGUCUCUGGUGGCAGCUGAUCUGGUCACAAGGGAAGACAGCACCCCCUGCCCCCCAUGAAUCUAGCAGCCAGGCAGGGCUAUGUCUGCCAUCCGUGGCCAUUUGCAAAGACUCCAAAGACCCCUGUUCUGGUUCCCUCUCACCCCCAUGAAUAUCCUCUCUCACGCAUGUACAUGCGAACACACACAACGUGCACCUCGUGAGACAUGGGAUCUGCCCCAGCCCCCCAGUUCCUGAGUCGAACGACCACAUCAUGCCACGGUGCUUGCUCAGGGGAAGCCACACUCCCUCUGUGGGGCCCACAAGGGCCUGGGAGCCCCCCACUGAGCCCACAAUGCCACGGAAAUCCUUGUUGGCCACCCCCAGAGGGGCCUUCCCUGCUAGGAAGAGCUCAGACUGACAGCUGCCUCCUGCCAUGUCAGUGGCCCCCAAGAGCCUCAGGGGCUCCGGGGCCCGGAAGGGUGGGGUGGGGGGUGGGACUCUCCUCCCCCACUCCUGUCUCCCUCGCCCUUUUCACUGUUGCUUUCUAUAUAUAGGUCCCUAGACCUCUCACUUUUUUAAAAGCGCGUUUUGUGUAGAGAAUAAGGAACGUGGAUCUUUUUAUUUUGCAAUCCUGGGCCAGCUAGAAACCGGGAGCAGAUUUGACCUUUUAACUUUUUUCAGUGGCCACGUUUUGGUUAUCAAUGUAACUAGAAAUAUGUAAAUUAGAUUAAAUGUCUCUUCUGGAAACAUCCUGGGGCAGGCA